AUGCCUGAGGACAUCGUCGCCUACCGAAGCAACCUAACUGCAGCACAGGCGGAGCCUCAGCUGUGGGAUCUUGAGGUGCCCGCUCCUCAGCAUUUCAACAUAGGACCCCAUGGUUUCUUCGACUGGAAAGCAAAGAAUUCAAGGAUGGAUGAUGUGGAUGAUGUCCUCAAGACUAUAAACUUCUUUAGGGAGAUGAAAGCGAUAAACAAGGAAUUCUUCUGCGACAUACAGCUUGACGAGUCUGAAAGGGUGAAAAACAUAUUCUGGGCGAACGCAAGCUGCCGAGGGGCCUACCAAGACUUUGGUGACUUCGUGACAUUUGGCACCACGUAUAAGACCAACAAGUACCAUAUGGCACUUGGGGUGUUUGUGGGUAAUAACAACCACUUGCAGACCACAUUCUUUGCUUUUGCCCUGAUAAGAGAUGAGAAUCCAGAUUCAUUUAGGUGGCUAUUCAGAACAUUUUUAAAGUGCAUGAGAGGGAAGGGUCCAACAUGCAUCCUCACAGACCAGUGCCCGACAAUGGCUUUGGCCAUCCCAGAUGUUUUUAGAAACACAAUACACAAGCUAUGUCAUUGGCACAUAAUGAACAAGUACAAGGAACACCUCGCGUACCUGUACAACCUCCACUCAACCUUCAAGGGUGAGUUCACAGCAAUUCUCAACUGGCCCCUCCCGCCAACUGAGUUUGAGGCUGCCUAG